CGAUCAGGCGCGGCGCCGGGCAGCCCCGCCUUAUAUUGCGGGGGUCCUCGGGCGCUCGGCCUGGUUCCUCUCAGAGCGGAGACGGCAAAUGGCGGACUUCGACACCUACGACGAUCGGGCCUACAGCAGCUUCGGCGGCGGCAGGGGGUCCCGCGGGAGCGCCGGAGGUCAUGGGUUGCGCAGUCAGAAGGAGCUGCCUACGGAGCCCCCCUACACCGCCUACGUCGGCAACCUCCCCUUCAAUACCGUCCAAGGAGACAUCGAUGCCAUCUUUAAGGACCUCAGCGUCCGGAGCGUCCGGCUAGUCAGAGACAAAGAGACGGACAAGUUCAAAGGGUUCUGCUAUGUAGAAUUCGAUGAGGUGGAGUCCCUCAAGGAAGCUCUGACCUACGACGGGGCGCUCUUGGGUGACCGGGCCCUUCGAGUGGAUAUUGCAGAGGGCAGAAAGCAAGAUAAAGGAGGCUUUGGCUUCAGGAAAGGCGGACCGGAUGACAGAGGGAUGGGCGGCCCUCGAGACUCCAGGGGCGGCGGAGGAUGGGAUUCCCGCGACGACUUCGGCUUCAAGGAUGACUUCCUCGGGGGCCGGGGCGGAGGAAGCCGCCCGGGAGACCGGCGGCCGGGCGGCCCCCCGAUGGGCAGCCGCUUCCGGGAUGGGCCUCCUCUCCGCGGCUCCUCCAUGGAUUUUAGAGAACCGACAGAAGAGGAGCGGGCACAGAGGCCCCGGCUCCAGCUGAAACCUCGGACAGUCGCCACCCCCCUGAACCAAGUCGCCAACCCCAACUCGGCCAUCUUCGGUGGCGCCCGGCCCAGGGAGGAGGUGGUCCACAAGGAGCAGGAGUGAGCCCGAGGCCCCGGGACCAGGGGAGAACUGAGCGCCAGAGCUCUGCAGCCGGCCCUGUCCUCCUCCUCCCCCUCCUCCCUCCUCCUCACCCUCCUCCUCCUUUCUCCAAACUGAAAACACGGAGCUUGUGAAUGCAUGUCAGCUGUUAACAAGUGGUUUUUAGUACGUUCUUGGCUUCGCUGUAUCUAGUGCCUGUUUUGUGCUGGUUUUUUUUUUUCACGCUCCCCCCCUCCCUCCCCCCCCCACCCCCCUUCCUCCUCUUCCUCCCCCUCACUCUCCCCACAGCCUGGUUUUGGAAGGCAGGUGGAUGAUGACGAAAGCAGCCCGGAGUUUCCCCGGGAAGAGGGGCUGCUCCCUGCCCCCCAGCUUUCCCGGUUUUCCUCCGGAAACACGGGCUAGACUGAGGACCAGACUCUGGGUCGGUUCUGGGCCGGGCCCUCAGACUCUCCCCGGGGCUCUGGGUGUUGGGCCCCCAGAGGGUCCUGGAGAAGCGUUCCCAUCCUCCGAGCGGAACGAGGUCCCCUGCCCGGGAGCAGGGAGCAGAAGCGCCUCCGCUCUGGGGUCUUGCUGCAAUUUUGGGGCGAGUUUUCCGUCUGGGUCCCCAGCCAGAUGGGUGGUUGCCGUGGCAAACCCUGCUUGGGUCUGGAGCUGGCUCUGGGGAGGGCUCUACCUCAGCCAGAGGGGUCUUGGCACCGCUAGACACUGCGACAGCCCUGUGGGUCGCCUCCCUGUCCCGUCCCCUGGUCGCGCAGGCUGCAGUCUUGGUUUGGAGCCCGGGGUUUCGGGGCCACGAGAGCGGGGCGACUCUUGCCCGUCCGUGUGGGAAAUGUCUGGACCUGUCUGUGGUUGGAGUUUGCCGUUGUCUUGGGGGUGGCAGGAACCCCACGCUGCUCAGAACGGGCCCCGGGCCCCACCGCCAGCCGAGAGGGGCGGGGGGCGGGCAGUGACAAGAAGUUGUCAGCUGUGGUGCUGGCUGGCGGAAUGGGCUCACGGUUGGGCUCGGCAGGGCUUGUUGUAACGCCUCGUCCGUUCCCUCUCCCGCUUCCCCCCCCGGCCUGCUGGGGCUAGAGCUGAGGAUGGGUCCCGACUGGCCCUCGGGGGUCAGUUCUCCACUCUGGGCUCCCGAUGUCUCCUCUGUUACACCCGUGUCUCCGCCACACACGAACCUUCCUUCCCUGUCCUCUCUCUGUCAUCCGUCUCUCUACGUCCUUGUCUUCCCUCCCUCCUUCACCCUCCGGCCUCCUCCCUCCAUCAUCCUCCCUCUUCUCCCACCGUCCUCCACCCCCGUCCCUCCCCAUCUACUCUGCUUCGGAGAUAAGAACCAUUUGUGUAACACCACUACUUAAUUUAAGAGAGACAUGCAUUAUGUGGUUGUAAUCAAAACUGAUACUUUUUGAAUGACCUACUUCCAUCCUCAAUGUGGAGAAACAAUGGGAAAGGACAAAAGUCCACCCUUAACCGCGGAAUCAGUCCGGUUGGCUUUUAAAUGCCAGAAUGGAAUCCCAAACCCUCAACCCAUUCUGCUUCACGACAGAAAGUAAAUUUAUGGAUAUGGUAUUUUGUGAAUGAUCUUUUAAAUAAAAGAAAACCUUAAGUAAUAGUUAA